AUGAAACCCCGUUUCUGCCAGUACGAGUACCCCCGCGGCGUCUACGCCCGCGAGGUCGCCACCCACACCCACUCCGUCGGCGAGUACGACCGCGACAUUUACGACACGAUGAUGGCGCAAAUUGCCGCUAACCGACCAAAUGUCGAGCUCUAUCGUCAGCAGCCGUACCUCACGCCUGCCAUCAGGUCUAAGCUCGUCGAUUUUUUGCUUAAAAUGGCGGUGCGCUUGAAGAUUGUCCCAUUUGUAUUUGCCAAAGCCGUUCGCUUGUUUGACCGCUACUGUCUGAAACGGAUAGUACUCCUCGACCAGAGCCAGCUUAUCAUCACCACUUGUUUGUGGAUCGCGGCCAAGACUCAGGGCGGCAAUAACCAUUUCGUCAAUUUGGCCAAUCUCGAUAAAGUACCCUCGGUACGCACCAUUUCCGACCUUGGCUACGGCGCCGGCGGCAAGUUUAUCGGCCCUACUGAAAGGUUUAGGCUUCCAAAGCUCCACGAGUUGGUAAAGCUCUGUGGCGCUAAAUGCAAUUACGACGCCGGCAUGUUUAAACAGAUGGAAGUGCACGUGCUUCUGACCCUCGAGUGGGCCACUAACGACCCGGGCGUCGACGAGUUCCUCAUGCUGCUGGCGGAGUUUUGCACCAUCCCCUCCGUCGUCCACAGCGACGGCCACCACGGCCACCCUCUCCUGUUAGGGGAAAUGGCGCUGACAAAGCGGUUUUUGGCCUAUGUCGCCCACUACUCGUUUGACCUCUGCGACGUCCACCCGGUGCAUUUAGCCCACGUCAUCGGCGAUAUCGUCAACGACACCUUCAAUUUGACCCCAGGACACCCCAGUUUCCAGCUGGUAGGACCCAUACUAGAAUUGGGGGCGCCGUUGGACUAUACCACUUAUAAGCUGAUCAAAAAGCACGUGGUCAAACUGGUAUUGGCGCUGCUGGAGUUUAUCCUUAAGCUCUUUGCCCUGAAAGGACCGCAAUACCUCUACCACCAGGUGUGUCUCGCCUAUAAGUUUGGCGCUAGCCACGAGUCGCCGUUGGCUACGGCCGUGGUGGCCCCCCGGCGUCCCCUCGGCGUCACCAAUGCUGUUGCUGCCACUGGUGCUGGCGCCGCUACCAAUGGCCACAGACGACCGCUGGCAGUGUCCCCAGUGGGAAUGGCGGCGGCGGCGCCGGCGCUGCCGCUCGAGCGCAAGAAGCCCUACCCAUACACACCACUGCCGUACCAGGCCUACCCCCACCUGAGCCAGGCGCUGGUGCUGAGCGUGCUGUCGCUGCUGGCGCUGGCGCUGGCGCUGAUGCUGCUGCUGAUGCUGCCGAUGUUUGCUGCUCCACACUACCGGGCGCUGUCGUCGCCCCAACGCCGGGCGCCCCUGGUUACUACUACUCUGCACUCGCUGCGCCAACAACACCAACAACACCAACAGCAACAACAGCAACAGCAGCAGCUCUACAAGCUCCCCAGCCUUCCACACAACGGCAUCUUUGUCCACUCCCACCAGCACUUGUCGCAGACAUCGCUCACGCUGCUGGCGCUGCUGGCCUAUGGCGACGACGCCACCGGCGCCGAUUUGUUUGAGUACGACUACGUUCGCCGCCAGGGCAUCCUGACCCCGUUACUGGAAAACGACUCCCCCAUCUUUAUCAAGCAUUAG